AUGGCGUCGUUCAGCUUGCCUGGUGGCUCCAAUAUCGACUAUCCGACAUUACACGAAUCACUUUCCUUGCAACAUUCCGGCACGCCGCUCCAGCUCCACCAAAUGCCUCCGAAGCACCAAGAUCAAUACAACCUCAACCGCAUCCUCCCAUCUUACCUUCCCAAGUAUAUGGCGGGUAGCCACAGCUUAUUCCGUGAAUUUCCAUACAAACAACAGCAGGUAGGUGCCUCGUCAAGCACUCCUCUUGCAAUUCAAGGCCAAAUAACGAACUCGGCUUUCUACGCUUCAAAUUGCACGCUACCGAGUGUUAUGGACUUCCCUGGGGCAAAGCACCGCAAGAAGUCAACCCGGCAGCUCGCCCAUGCUUAG